AUGAAAACCAAAGCAAACAAUACAGGUACCCUCUCACACGAUGCAAGGCUACAGCUACAGCUACCUCUUGGUCUUGCUUGGUCCAUGUCAUCAGCAAACCGCAAGCCCUGGCGCUAUGCUUUUGUAUCCGCUCCACGCAGGGGCUGGCUGACGCGGAUCGGGGGAUCGAUUUCAAAAGUCAUCCAUCCAGACGGAGUGGUGGCCGGUCAGAGCCUCGUGAUUCAAGCCAAGCCAAGCCCCGGAGACGCUAUCAAGACGGGCAUCAUUUAUUAUUACAGACGAGCAGUCCUCGUUUUAGGCAUUGCUGGUAUGGCCAUGUACGAGUACAGUACGAUGUUGAUGAUGCUUGCACAGCCGUCAUCCGUCCUAGGUUCUUUUGGCCCAUCGGAUGGGCGCGGAACACGACCUGAGCCUGUUGCUUAGUAGCGAGCGAGGCCAUUUCCAAGUGGAGCUGCAAAGUACAUACGAGACUCCGAGUGUCGUGUCG